UUCCCGGUUGAUACAAGAAAUAUGUAUUUAAAAAGUUGUCUGUGUUCGUCAGAUUGUCAUGAUUAAAACGCGAAGUCUUACAAUGUUUUUGAAUCCGUUUCACGUAUAGAAUAAAAUAAUGGAUCAUUUAAUUAUCUUGGUGGCUUUAGUACAUUUAUUGUACUGUCCAUUUACAAAAGUGGAAGAAAGUUUCAAUCUACAGGCUAUGCACGACAUUUUAUACCAUGGUGUUAACCUGUCGGAGUAUGAUCAUCAUGAAUUUCCUGGAGUUGUGCCACGAUCGUUCAUGGGGCCAAUUAUAAUAUCAGGCUUGGCAUCACCAUUAAUAGCAAUCAUUAAUUAUUUGCAACUUAAUAAAUUUUUUGCUCAAUAUGUUGUAAGAGCAACAUUGGGCUUGUUAGUAAUAGGCACAUUGAAGUUAUAUAAAGAUGCUUUACAAAGCAUAUUUGGUUUGCAAUUUACAAAAUGGCUUGUUGCGAUUACUAUAACACAAUAUCACUUUAUGUAUUAUCUAAGUCGUCCAUUGCCAAAUAUAAUGGCUAUGCCACUAGUACUACUGGCUUUGUAUGGAUGGUUGAAACAAAAUCACAUGAUAUUUAUUUGGUCAUCUGCAGCAGCAAUAAUAAUAUUCAGAGCAGAACUUGCCAUGCUACUGGGAUUAUUCCUUUUGUACGAUAUAGCCAACAAGAAACUAACCAUACUAAGACUGUUUAAAAUUGCAAUUCCGGCCGGUAUAUUUUUUCUAACGCUAACGAUCACAGUAGACUCUAUAUUUUGGAGACGAUUAUUAUGGCCUGAAGGAGAAGUAUUUUACUUUAACACUAUCCUUAAUAAAAGCAGCGAAUGGGGUACAUCGCCAUUCUUGUGGUAUUUUUACUCAGCUCUGCCUCGUGGAUUAGGCUUAUCUUACUUUUUAAUACCUUUGGGUAUGUUAUGGGAUGCACGAGUUCGAGCAUUAACAGUUCCUGGUAUAGCAUUUGUUGCAUUAUUCUCAUUUUUACCACAUAAAGAAUUGAGGUUUAUCAUAUAUGUCUUUCCACUGCUAAAUGUUAGUGCUGCAGCCGUUUGUCAUAGAAUAUGGGAAAACAGAGGGAAAAGUCCGUGGAAUGGAAUUUUAGCACUAAUCAUUUUAGGCCAUCUAGUUUUAAAUACUCUAUUUUCUAUGUUUCUUUUAUGUGUCGCUGGUUCUAACUAUCCUGGUGGUUUAGCUAUUGCUAAAUUACAUAGACUUGAAAAAGAUUCUAUCAACCCAGUGCAUAUACACAUUGAUGUUCUAACUGCACAAACAGGAGUUUCAAGAUUUACGCAAACAAAUAGUUCUUGGAUUUAUUCUAAACAAGAGAAUUUGACUAUUGACAGUCCUGAAAUGCUUCAAUUUACACAUCUUUUAAUGGAAGCCAAAAGUAAAUACUCGCCCAAUAUAAAACCAUAUCUUAAAACACACGAUAUCUUAGAUUCUGUAGAUGGUUUUUCUCAUAUAGCAUUAAAUUAUAAUAUGUUACCACCAAUAAGGAUAAAAACUAGACCAAUUAUAUUUAUCAUGAAAAGAAAGCCUAAUAUACGAUAUGAUCCCAAGAAAGCAUCACUGCAGACAGUUUUGAAACAGUCAAAGGAAAAUGCUACAAAGAAAAGUAUAGGCAGCAAGGACGUCAUAAAUGACACUGUACAAGAUAUGGAACCAAUAUUGGAUGAAAUAAUGGAGUCGUUAGAGCAAUUUGAAAAACCACUAAAUAUUAAUGAUGUAAAUAUAUUAGAUGUAGAAGUACCAGAAGAUGAAUUAAAUAACAAAACAAACGAACCUACCAAACUCAUUGAAUCAUUAAGCACAGAAAAGUUACCUAAUAACAUAUCUGAGAAUAACUUGUCGCAGUUAAACACAUCAAUCAAUGAAGAAAACCUACAGGCCUUAUCAGAGCUACAAAAUGAUAUUAUGACUGAAAGCAAUACUAAAUUGCAAUCUGAUGUUGAGAAUAAUUCUAAUGUUAGUGAAAAAAAAUUGGAUAUAAAGGAAGAAGAAAAUAAAAAGAUAGAAGUAACUAAAGAAAGAUUAAAACUUGAUAAUGUUCAACAAGAUAGUAGCAUUUUAAAGGAAGUUGUUAAAAAACUUAUUCAAGAAAAACUGGAGGCAGUUAAACUAAGAAAAGAUGCAAUAGACGAGAAAGUAUUACCAGAAAUUCCACAGAAAAUUAAUGCUAAAAUGAAAAGAAUAAUUCCAAUAAAAAUAGAGUCAUCACAAAAAAUAAAAAUUAUAACGAAACAAGACUUAAAAGAAAAAUAUUCAGUGAUUCAAGAAUUAAAAGAAAAACCUGCAAUAGCUCAAGAGAUAAAAGAAAAACCUGUAAUAAUUAAAGAAAUAAAAGAAAGACCCAUGAUAAUUCAAGAGACAAAAGAAAAACCUAUGAUAAAGCAAGAACUAAAAGAAAAGUCUGCAGUAAUCCAAGAAACAACAGAUCAACACAAACCACUUAAUAUGAAAGAAAGCAUCAGAAAUAUAAUCAAUCAAUUUAAAGAAUUCGAAAAAGAGUUUGUAUAUGAAGAUUCAGAAAUAGAUAAAAAGGAAUUAGGUGUUAAAUAUGAUGAGCAACCUACAGAAACAAGUACAAAAAAAGCAGAAGAUUCACUAAGAAUAGAUAUUAUGACAGAAAGUAGAGGUGUAAAAACAAUCAAAGAUGCCAAAGAAAGUCUACGGGACAUAAUAAAUCAGUUUAAACAAAUAAAAAGCGAAUUAACUUCAGAAGAAGAUGAUCUAUUUGAAAAGAUUGAAGCUACAUAUAUGGAACGACCAAUUGCAGAAACGUUAAUGCAGUUUAGUGAAGCUCUAAAAAAUUUAGUACAGCGAAGGAAAAAAGUAGGGGAUCGUCAGUUUCCAACAGAAUCUCCAAAAAAUUCAAAAAUGCAGAAUUAUAAUAAUGAAGGAAAAAUAUAUAAUACAGAAAAAGCAGAAAAAAUCAUUCGAAAUAUUAAUGAAAAUGAUGGCUCAAGCCAAGGUACAAAUAAAGUUUUACAAGAAAGGUAUUUUAUCACGUAUGCCAAUAAAAACGUCCCCAUAAAUGCUCAAAAAUCUAGUAAUAGUGUUUCAAACACUGUAUUAAAUGACUAUGCUUCCAACGAAAAAGAUGAAAUGAUGCAAAAGAAAAUGAGAAAUAGCUCAAAUUGAAUGUUGAAAUAACUCAUUAUUUUGUGCUUUUUAAUAGUACAGUUAUAUAAUUAUAGUAAACUGUAAAUACGUUGUUCUGUGAUAACAAAAAUGUAUAUCUUAAUUAAUGCUCAUGCAUUACCAACACGGAAAAGGACGAAAUUUAUUUUUCCUGUGUUAUUGUCUAAAAUAUCAAAAAACACUGAAAAAUGAUAAAGCAUUUGUUUAAUAUAUAGUAUCACAAAGAUGCCACAACUGUUAUUUUGUAUGUAUACUUGUUAAAAACAAAAAUUUAAAUUAUAAAUUUAGAUAUUUAACAGUAGAAGUUUACAUAUUUAAUAUUAACAUGUAUGUAUAUAGUAAUUGUUUUGUGUAUUAUAAAAAUAUCUUAUUAAUUUUUUAUAUGGUUAGAUGUUGACAUAUUUAUCUAUAUAUUAUAUUAUUUGAUAGAAAACUAAUAUUUACCAAUGCAUGUUUUAAAAAAAGGACAUAAUUCUAUUAUUCACCCUUGACUGUUUACAAUUUUGCUAAGCUGCCUUACGAGAAUGGUCUCAUUAUUUUCUCUUUUCUAUCCUAGCAUUUAAAUUUUGCUUUCUCAUAUCUUGUGCUUUUCCUGUUGUAGCUAAGACAUUACCGUAUCUUAUGUUACUUAAGUUUAUUUCUUUAACCAUAUUCUCAUCAGAUAGAGCUUAUCACAAAAAGAAAAUACAUUCAUUUCCAUAUUGGUAUUUGCAGAGCAUUCAAGUGCCUUAGAGUCUCUUCCAAAUUCUAUAUGUUGUAAAAUAUUAAAAAAUUAUAUAUAUACAUGUAUAACAUACUAUGUAUUAAUAUUUUGCAAUAAGUAAAAGUGAUUGAAUAUCAAAACUGUAAAUUAAUACCUAAUAUUACUAUUUCAAUCAUUGAUAAUCAAAUAUGGCCAAAUUGCAAUUAAAGAUUUUAUUAAAGAAAAUUAUGCAAUUAAUCAAUGUUAAAUUUUUUUAUUGCAAUAAGAUUCUUAUAAUUCUAUGAAUAUUUUUCGAGUAAUAUCUUUAUUCCUUUAAAUGAUUGUAUUGUGGAAUACACAGUAAGUGCUACAACGAUCCAAUAUACCACUUUAUCUCGUGUACCACACUUCAAAUACACAGGAAGAUUAUCUUCACACUGUUUAAAUAAAUGGAAAAUAAUUAUAUAUAAA